CUAGUGUUUCAUAAUGGUGCUGAAAAUGGCUCCAUGUGCAGCCCCUGACUCACCUAGGCCGCAGGCCAAGUGCCUUGUUCCUGGUCAUGGCUCUCUCAUGAAUAUCUACCUUAGAUACCUGUUGGCCUCAGAGAAGCCUGAAGCCAGAACAGAAGCCCUCCCCUUUCCUUCACCUCCAUCUCUAGUCCCUCAGCACCCCCCUACUCCUUCACCUUUGCUAGAGCGCAGUGGCUGUCUCUGUUGCUCCAACUCACAAUCUGGCUCUGUGGCGGGUCCUGAGCAACCAUGAAGCGCUCCCAUGACCAUUGAGGUCCUGUCUGCUGCAGUGGCCGUAACCAAGUGUCUGAUAGCAAGUCAGAAUAUACUGAUUCCAGCAGCUCUUCGGAAGCCACUGUUGAAACCGACCCCAUGGAGUCUGAUGGCCCUGAACAACCAGCAAAACAUAGCUGGACCAGAGUUAGCUACCCCAUCCCCAGCCAGUUGCUGAGGGAUGAUGGAGGUGAUUUCAGUGAUGAUCCCCUUGAUGACACCGGGUUGGACCUGUCAGCCAUACCUGAGGAUUUUGACAAGGCACACAGGACACUUUCCCGAUGAGGUCGCAUGGAAGAGCGCUGGCGGCGGUACUGUAAAGCCAAAUUACGGGAGUGGUGAGCAGAUGACAAGUGGCGUGACCCUAAACAUGCUCUCUGUGAAGCAUCAGACAAUGACAUCCAUUGGUUUUUGGGCUGGUGUCUCAAACUCCAGCGAGGGAAAGACUGUUGUCACCUAAAGGGAACCAAGAAAGCAAGCUCAUUCAAAUCUGACUGGCGGAGCUUCCGCCAGUACUAUAAGAAGGUCACCAAGAGCAAGAUGCAUGAUGAAGACAGUACUAAUGUGUGGUGGGGUAUCAAAUUCUUGAUUAUGGAGCACGGCCUGGACAUGCAGAAAGGCAGGAAAGUUCCGGUGUACAUUGAGGACAUGGUUCCAUUCAAUGAGACCAUCCUGUCAACUCAGGAGAAAAAAUUCUGGCUUGGGUUCGAGCGGAUCCAAGUCUGCCUGUACAAUACUUUAGGACUCUUCACCAUACAUCGGAAGAAUGCCCUUCUGAGCUUGCAGUAUAAGGACCUCCAGUUCUCCCUCCAGAAGGACCCCAAGGGAGGCCCUCCAAUACCACUUGUGGAAUUGACAGCGGAGGGAGUUAAAAAGUUUAUGGGAUCAACAGAUUUGAUAACGUUUCCACUGCCUGAAGUGAUUUAUGGGCCAUUGUUAGUCUUCUGCCCACAUACAUACCUCUUUGGGAUGAUGUUCCAUGCCAAGGCAUUCCAACAUCCUGGACUGACGUCCAUGGCACAGCUGCGGAAGUUAUUUGUGAGGCGAGGUUGUCAGCAAAUGCCCUUGUGCUUGAAACAUGAGACUGCUGAUUGGUACAUAUUCUGCGAAACUGAGUUGGUCAAGGGAACUCCUGUUAUCCAGUGUAAAAAGCCAAUGCCCAAGCAGAAGAUGGGUCGCCUUCUGGUAGUUUUCAGUGAGAUCCAUGGCUGGCUUCACCCCCUUUUCUCACAUCAAUUCCGCUAUGGAGGUGGCAAGAUUCUCAAUGAGAGUGGAUGGGUCAGUGAAGAACAAUGGAUGCUAAUUAUGAAACAUGCGGACUGUUGCAUGUUUGUUGAACACUAUCAUUCUUGAACUGUUGGCACUGACAUGAUCCGGACCAUCUGUGGCCUUGAUCCAGAGAAGGAACUCAUGCGAGCUGUCGCCCGGCAGGACCGAUGGAGGGAUUGAUGUUGACCGCGCUAUCUCACUGCGGAAGAAAAGAAGAGUGUUGAAUCCGACCCUGAGCUUGUGGUGGCAAUCCACAAAUUAGAUACUCUUAAGGCUGAAUUUGGCUGCACUAGGAAUCCUAGUCUCCCUGCUUGUAUCCACCUGCAAGUGCGGGAGGUCAUGAAUACCUGGGAAUGACUGCUCAGGGCUCUGCGGAAAAAGAUGUGACUGGAAUUUGAUGAAAAGCAGGCUUUUCUUGACAUUGAGGCACAGCUUUUGGGAAAUGUGGUUGAGGAUAGUGAAGAGGAGCCACCGUCGGAGGACACCUUGCAUUCAAUUCUGUACAAGCUCCUCCAAAAGCUUCUCUUGUAUCCUGUGUCAGAUUGCCUGGAAGCAGAAUGGCAACGCCGCAAUGAAGCUGUUGAUUUUGUGGUCCUCUAUUGUGAUGUUCUUGAAGGCGGCCCUUGUCGCGGACGCCCGAAGAAAACACAGUGACUCAUGGGAAGUGGUGGGCCAGACGGUGACUCCAAUUCAAAGGAUGUUUAUAUGAUUAGAAAACAACCCUUGACUUUUGAUGAGCUCUUGCGCCUCACUGCUGAACACAUUGAAAAAGCUCUGAAACCACGUGCAUGUUUUCAGUGCUUUGCUGACAGAAAGCAACCGGAUGAGGUUCAUUGCCGGAUGUUUUAUGAUUCAGGGUGUCUUACCUGACACUUUGACAGCCAUCAUCUAGAGGACGAGCAAUGCAACUGGUGUGAGCUUUCUGUAUUACAUACAAUGCAUCUGCAGCGCCAUGCCAAGGAUGUUCAUCGCACGCAUUCUCGCCUUCGUCCACCGUUGUGAUUUCGGUUC